CAUGUUACAGAGUAGGUCCCGUUAACCUUUCAGAAGGACUUAGAGGUCCAAGUACCAGGUCGAAUCUCCUUCAAUUAACAUUCUCGACUUCUGGUUUUGUUGUUGCCUCCGAGGUUAGAAACCACACGAAGCUAUGUCUACAUCCGAGACCGGAUCCAUACUCCAAUUCGCACCGUUUCAGAGCGCCGUUGACGAGGGUUUCUGGCACCGAUUGUCUUCUCUCAAGCUGAACAAACUUGGCAUCGAUGACUCUCCUAUUCCCAUCACCGGUUAUUAUUCUCCUUGCUCGCAUUCUCAAGUGUCGAAUCCUUUGACUCUGCUGGCUGAGUCUCUGCCACCUGAUCCGAAUGAGCAAGUAUCGGAGCCAGCAGGCACUCGUGGUAACAGGUAUAGAUGUUCUGUCCCAGGCAUACUCUACAACAAAAAUACGUUGGAAGACUUUCACUCCCUUGAUAAACCGAGCUUGCUGAAGGCAGAAGCAAAGAAGAUUUGGGAGGACAUAAACAUGGGCAAGGCCGUAGAGGACAGUGCAGCUUUAUCAAGGUUCCUUGUUAUCUCAUUCGCAGACCUGAAAAAAUGGAGCUUUCAUUACUGGUUUGCCUUCCCUGCUUUGGUGCUGGAUCCACCAGCUAAUGUAGUAAAUUUAAGGCCAGCUUCACAGUGGUUUAGCUUAGAGGAGGCGGAAUCUGUAUCAGCAGCCUGCAAUGAGUGGCGCAAUACAAGCUUGACAGCUGACGUACCAUUCUUCCUGCUCGCUAUAGCUUCUGAUUCGCAUGCUACUCUUUGGCAUCUGAGAGACUACGAAGCUUGCCAAGGUGAUGGUCACAAGUUGCUAUUUGGUUUUUAUGACCCAUGUCAUCUACCAAAUAAUCCUGGUUGGCCUCUUCGCAACUUCCUAGCACUGAUUGGUUCAAGAUGGAAUCUCCAGACUGUCAACUUUUUCUGCUACAGAGAGAAUCGUGGUUUCGCAGACCUUGGGUUGUCCCUCGUAGGUAAAGCAUUGAUCACAGUUCCUCAAGGAUGGAGAGAUCUUCAAUGCAUACCUAAUGCAGUGGGAUGGGAGUUGAAGAAAGGUAGGAAAGCAUCUAGGUGUAUUAGCCUCGCUAAAUCCAUGGAUCCAACCAGGUUAGCCAUAUCUGCGGCCGAUUUAAACUUGAAGUUGAUGAGAUGGCGUGCUUUGCCAUCACUUAAUUUAGACAUCUUGUCCUCGAUAAAGUGUCUUCUCUUGGGAGCUGGUACGCUAGGUUGCCAGGUUGCUCGCAUGCUUUUGGCUUGGGGUGUACGGAAAAUCACCCUAGUUGACUAUGGCAGAGUGGCUAUGUCUAAUCCAUUAAGACAAUCCCUUUACACGUUGGAUGACUGUCUCAAUGGAGGUGAUUUUAAAGCCACUGCAGCAAUUAAAAGCUUGAAGAGAAUUUUUCCAGCUGUGGAAGCGGAAGGCAUUGUAAUGGCAAUACCAAUGCCUGGUCACCCAGUGUCUAGGCAAGAGGAGGACAGUGUGCUUGAUGAUUGUAGACGCCUCCAUGAUUUGAUAAAUUCCCAUGACUUUAUUUUCUUAUUGACUGAUACGAGAGAAAGUCGGUGGCUCCCGACCCUUCUUUGUGCGAAUGCUAACAAGAUUUCAAUAAAUGCAGCUCUUGGAUUUGAUAGCUUUUUGGUGAUGCGCCAUGGACCUGGUCCUUUUGGCUCUGUCCAUGACUUAGAAACUGAAGCCGGAAGCUCUGUAUCUGCCGAUAUGGAUAACCUCAAUAUAACUGAUAAAAAUGAAGGGCAGAGAUUGGGCUGUUACUUUUGUAAUGAUGUUGUUGCGCCAAUUGAUUCAACUGCAAACCGCACUUUAGACCAGCAGUGCACCGUUACGCGUCCAGGCCUUGCUCCAAUUGCUUCAGCUCUUGCAGUUGAACUCUUAGUGGGAAUCCUGCAUCAUCCUAAGGGGAUAUUUGCUAAAGCUGAGCUGGAAAAUUCUAAUUACGGGGGAAGCAGUGAGCAGCCUCUUGGCAUUUUACCGCAUCAAAUUCGAGGGUCCCUCUCUCAGUUUUCUCAAAUGACACUUGUAGGACACUCCUCAAACAGUUGCACUGCUUGUUGCAGCACUGUGGUAUCGGAGUACCGGAAAAGAGGAACGGAUUUCCUACUCCAAGCAAUUAACCAUCCAACAUACCUGGAGGAUCUCACUGGACUGACUGAGUUGAUGAAAUCAGCUAACUCCUUUAAACUGGACUGGGAUGAUGAGAUGGAUGGUGAUGAUGAUGAUUUUGUGGAAAUUUAGAGUACCAUUUAGCUCUUCUAAAUUAUUAUUUUGUAAUCAAUUUACCAAAUGUACAGAAAAACAAGUCGAAGAAUGCAAUGUAAAGGCCAUAAUUUACUAGUUCAUCUCCAUUACUUCGUUGGACAGCA